UGUGAGAGUGUGUGGUAUGGGGAACGCAGAGAGCAUGGAGAGCCAGCUGGCCGUGAUCCGGUCCAGAGCCGCCCCGGUUCGACUGCCGAUGCCCGACCCUGCUGAACUGGAGGAGAGGUUUUCCAUCGCACUGAAUUCAAUGAACCUGCCCCCAGACAAGGUGCGUCUGCUGCGUUCUUAUGACAACGAGAAGAAGUGGGAGCUGAUCUGUGAUCAGGAGAGAUUCCAGGUGAAGAACCCUCCUCACACCUACAUCCAGAAACUGAGAGGCUUCCUUGACCCGGCUGUGACACGAAAGAAGUUCAGACGAAGAGUUCAGGAGUCGACACAAACACUCAGAGAACUUGAGAUUUCUCUCCGUACAAACCACAUCGGGUGGGUCAGAGAGUUUCUAAAUGAGGAGAAUCGAGGUUUGGAUGUUCUGGUUGAAUACUUGUCCUUCGCUCAGUACGCAGUCACGUUUGAUGGUGAGCAGUCGGACACUGGCAGUGAGGCGGGUUCCAUCGACUCACCCUGGAGUCGCUCUAUAGAGGAUCUCCAUGGUGACUGCAGCCUCCCGUCUCCUUCCUCAUCUGUUUCUCGCUCGGCCCGACACUCCAUCAGCUCAGCUCUGGUGACUCGGUCCAACACACUGCCAAGUCGUCGAACCCUGAAGAACUCACGACUCGUGUGCAAGAAGGACGAUGUUCAUGUUUGCGUCAUGUGUCUGAGAGCCAUCAUGAACUACCAGUAUGGCUUCAACAUGGUGAUGUCCCAUCCUCAUGCUGUCAAUGAAAUCGCUCUCAGUCUGAACAACAGGAACCCCAGGACCAAAGCUCUGGUUCUGGAGCUGUUGGCAGCAGUGUGUUUGGUCAGAGGAGGACAUGAGAUCAUCCUGUCAGCCUUCGACAACUUUAAAACUGUGUGUAACGAGGCCAUGCGUUUUGAGAAGCUGAUGGAACAUUUUAAGAAUGAAGAUGACAACAUCGACUUCUUGGUGGCCUGCAUGCAGUUUAUCAAUAUUGUGGUGCACUCAGUGGAGGACAUGAACUUUAGAGUUCAUCUGCAGUAUGAUUUUACCAAACUCAACCUGGAAGAACACCUAGAGAGAUUAAAGCACACAGAGAGUGACAGGCUGCAGGUUCAGAUCCAGGCAUACCUGGACAAUGUGUUUGACGUUGGGACACUGCUGGAGGACGCCGAAACAAAAACCGCUGCUCUGGAGAGAGUUGAAGAGCUGGAAGAGAACCUUGCUACAAUGUCCGAGCGUCUGCUUGAUGUGGAGAAUGAAGCAAUGCUGAAGAUCGUUGAACUGGAGAAACAGCUGAUGCAGACCAACAAAGAGCUGGACCAACUUCGGGAGGUGUAUGCCAGUGCCAACUCUCAGGUGCACACCUUAAGACGGAUAGUUCGGGAGAAAGACCAGACCAUUCGUCGGCAGAGUCGUCUGGAGCGUCAGGCCCAGGAGGCCCAGCAGUCUGGAGGACCUGGAGCUCCUCAGCCUCAAAGAGGGGAGGGAGACGGAGGUGUAGCUGACUCUUCUUCCCCCUCACCUCCGCCUUUUCCUACACUGUCCCCCAGCCCUGAGACUGUGGCCUAUCACAGCAUGGGACCAGGGAUGGGUGGGGCUCCAGGAAUGCAAGCCCCACCCCCUCCUCCUCCACCACCACCACCAAUGCCAAGCACAGUAUCCAACGGACCCUAUCCUGCACCUCCCCCUCCUGCUCCUCCUCCGCCCCCCCCUCCACCUCCACCACCUUGUAGGACCAGUGAGCUUUCCUCUGUCCCCAUGCCCCCUCCUCCUCCUCCUGUGGCCCCACCUCUCCCAGGGUCAGGGGGGUCACCGACCGUCAUCUUUAACUCCGGGCUUGCAGAGGGUCCUCUCAAGCUGUUCUCCGUGAAGAUCAAGAAACCCAUCCAGACAAAGUUUAGGAUGCCAGUCUUGAACUGGGUCGCUCUGAAACCCAGUCAGAUCAAUGGAACCGUGUUCAACGACAUUGAUGAUGAGUCCAUUCUACAGGACCUGGACAUGGAAGGGUUUGAGGAGCUGUUCAAAACCAAGGCUCAGGGUCCAGCAGUGGAUCUAACUCUGUCCAGACAGAAGCUUCCACAGAAAGCUCCAUCUAAAGUUUCUCUGCUGGAAGCUAACAGAGCCAAAAACCUGGCCAUCACCCUGAGGAAGGCCGGCCAGGCCUCAGAGAUCAUCUGCCGUGCCAUUCACACGUUUGAUCUCCGGACAGUUCCCGUCGACUUUGUAGAGUGUCUGACACGUUUUAUUCCAACGGAGGCCGAGGUGAAGCUUCUACGGCAAUACGAGAGGGACAGAAAACCUCUGGAGGCUCUGAGUGACGAGGAUCGAUUCAUGAUGCAGUUCAGCCGGAUUGAAAGGCUCAAUCAGCGCAUGACCAUCAUGACGUUCAUGGGAAACUUUGCAGACAACAUCCAGAUGUUGACUCCGCAACUUCACGCCAUCAUCGCUGCUUCAGUUUCAAUAAAGUCAUCUCAGAAACUGAAGAAGAUUCUAGAGAUCAUCUUGGCUUUGGGGAACUACAUGAACAGCAGCAAGAGAGGGGCUGUGUACGGAUUCAAGCUGCAGAGUUUAGAUCUGCUGCUGGAUACAAAAUCGACGGAUAGGAAGCAAACACUGCUUCAUUACAUCGCCAACAUUGUGCGAGAGAAAUAUCCUGGAGUGACUCUGUUUUACAACGAGCUGCACUAUGUGGACAAAGCUGCAGCAGUAAGUCUGGAGAACGUGCUGUGUGACGUGAAGGAGCUGCAGCGCGGCAUGGAGCUCACCUGGAGAGAGUUUAGCGUGUCUCACAAUGCCACACUCAAAGACUUCAUCAGCAGGAAUGAGUCCCGCCUCAACAAGCUACAGGAGGACGCACGUAUCGCACAGGACGCCUUUGAAGAUGCAGUGAAGUUCUUUGGAGAAAGUUCCAAGACAAUGCCACCAUCCGUCUUCUUUCCCAUCUUUGUCCGUUUCAUCAAAGCCUACAGGGUGGCGGAGGAGGACAAUGAGCAGAGAAGGCGACAGGAGCAGAUGCUCUUAGAGAAACUGGAGCAGGAGGAGCAGCAGGAGGAGGAGGAGACCAAGUCUCCAUCUCACAAAGGCAAACGGCAGCAGCAGGAGCUCAUCACAGAACUCAGACGGAGACAAGGGAAAGACAGCCGCCAUGUGUACGAAGGGAAAGAUGGCGCCAUCGAGGACAUCAUCACAGCAUUGAAGACGGUUCCUUUUACUGCUCGAACGGCCAAGCGCAGCUCUCGCUUCUUCUGUGACCCCGCCCACUCUGAAGAGCAUUACUGAGAUAUCUGAGCUAACCGCGCCAACUCUAAAGCAAUGGGACCAAUUAGCACUUUGAACAUUUCUGAUCGAUUAAUGUGGAUGGAUCACAUCGUGUUUUUGUUUAAUGGUCACAGGCCAAGAACCCAGACCUCCUGCUGACCUCUGGUGCUUUUUCUUUACAUCAGAACUAACCCAGAUCAUAAAAAAAGAUCAUUAAUGCAUGACAGGGUAAAUACCGAUGGCUUUCACAAAGAUCUAAGGCCAGAUCUACGGCCCUGUGGCCUGCUGUGGUAAUUGGGAACAAGACGGAUGGACCAGAUACCUUUAGGUACACUUAUACUGACAGUGUGUUUCUGAAGAAAUAAACAUAGGUAUUAAGUAGAAAUCCAGAAGAGCUGGUAACAUUCUGACAAAGAUACACAAGGUGCCAUAAAAACAUUCCUGAUUGUCCUGGGUUGACCUUAGAACUCAGGGGUCAUUACAACAUGACUAGGUGCUAAACAACACAAAGAUGCCAUCCUUAGACCCUUCCUCUAGACAUACUCACCACCCCUGGUGGCGCUUCAGGGCAGGCCAAGGAGCAGCUGGGUUUUUGUAUUAUCCUGGAACAGAACCAGGACAGAAAUGUGCUUCUUCAAACACAUAAUAGCUAAUGAAGACAAACUGAAAAGAAACACCCAACAGCUCUGGACUCAGCAGGUUCACCCCCAUAUAAAACCAGGGUUUUGCUCCUUGGUCAUCAGAUCUGAGGUUCAGUGGUUGUUCUGGGUUUCUUUGGUGUAAGUCCAUUUGUACAGGGUUCAACUCUUUUCACUAUAUUGUAUUCUUCUAUGUUCUGCUGUAUUUACUGGCCGUUACCGACCACGGGUCCACAGAAACCAGCUCCACGUUUUAGAAAUAGAGUGACUUUCACCAUCCAAAAUCUAGCUAACUACGCCCUCUGACCCAACCACAGUCAAACUCUGGGCCCAUAUUCCUGAGGAAACACUUCUGUUCACCAGAUUAUUUUUGGACUACAGCUUAACACCUGUGACACCAGUAGGGUCAGGGAAACCGAUCAGAAGUCAGUCUGACUGAUGUUCCUAAAGUUCCUUCUUGUGACUCUGAUGAAGGCACAGUUUUAGUGUGGGACUGAGGGAGGUGCUGCAGGCCACAACAGAACCAGGAGACUUCAUUUAUUUGGACCCCUAUGAACAAGCUUUCUAAUCAUCAUCCAAAAGUAAAGCGCUAAAAAAGGCAAACUGAAUCCACAAUGUUGGAGGAGAAAAAUUAGUGUGCUGCUUUGGUUCUGGGCAGAACACACCCUAAAAGAUAGGAGUACCAAGAAAGACCUGUUAGACAACAUGAGUACCCUCACUACCUGUAAAAGCACAGGAGCACCCAAACACUCCCAUUAGAAUAUGGUGGUAUCGGGAUGCACCUUUACAGCACUAUGGUACCCUGACCCUACCGUUAGAACUUGGUGGUACUUGGAAACACCUAUUAGAACAUCGUGAUACCCGGACAAUCCUGUUAGAACAGUACCGGUUGAUGCUGUUGCUGCACCAUCAACCCUCAAACAUGAAUGGAGUUCUCACAAUCCCACCCAGAACCUUACCCUGGCCCCAACCUCUUUUUAAUUCAUUUAAGUCCAAAUUUAAAAAAAGUUCAGAGCACAAAGUUUUCUAUGUGUACAGACAUUUUCUAGAAGGUUCGAUAGCUACCUGUGUGUCUAUCUGUGUGUUGGUUGUUGCUGUUAUUUUGCACUCGGUGGAAAUAAAACAAACCACUUCUACAUCA